AUGUGUGUCGUGGAAAGAAUUUAUACAUCUUUCGAUGGGAAAGAAUAUCAAAAGGACGAUGCCUUGCUGCUGGUAGACGAUGGUCACUUCAGCUGGGAGUUUGGUAGUAGGGGCAAGGUUCCCAAGACGGCAGUAAAGUUUGCCACCACGAAUCGAGGCGAUGUGCUGUACGUGGGUCGUGCUAUACACGAGUGUACCGAGACUCCGGGAGCAAUCUACCCUGAUCAUAGAGUACUUCGUAUUCCUUUUGGUGGUCGCGAGGUCGAGUUUAGUGCCUAUCAGGAUAUAAAUGGAUACAUUGGAAAAAAAAACCAGCCGUUCCCGAAAAAUAUCCUGAGAGUUGGUACCGACCUUGGUGACAAACCUAUCUAUUUGGGCCGCGUUUAUCAUGAGGGUCACAAACUUCCGGCUAAGGUGAUUCCUGUCGUGCAAUGGAUUCUUACAUCUCUCGAUGGUAAAGAAUUUCACAAGGACGAUGCCUUUCUGCUGGUAGAUGAUGGUUGCUUCGGUUGGGAGUUUAACAAAGGGGGAAAUGUUCCUGAAACGUCAAUUCGAAUUGCCAGCACCAACCAGGGCGAUGUCCUGUAUGUGGGUCGUGUUAUUCACCAGGGUUCCGAAACUCCGGGUGUAGAGGUCCGGGAUAGAGUACUGCGCAUUCCCUUUGCCUGUCGCCAGGUAGAGUAUAGUGCCUAUCAAGUGCUGUGUCUUAACUAA